CCGGGUAGCAGCCGCGGGGCGGGCAGGGGCUGACGGGUGCCUCGGGGCGGCCGUGGUGGCCGGUGGCCGGGUGAAGGCCCGCAGGGGGUUCAGUGCCCGGCGAGGCGAGGCGACCCUCGGGCUCCCCGCGCGUGGUGGGCGGGGCGGCAGCAGAACCUGAACUGUCCGGAGCGUUCCCGGCUCAGUUCUCGUUUCUUCUCGCGGUUCCCGGGGUGACCCGCGACACCCACGUGCCGGUUGUGGACAUCGCGCCCUUAGUCCGGUCUGUACCUGCCCUUCGCUUAACGGUACGUCUAGGACUUCCUGUCAUCUCAGAACCGGCGUUCCCUGAUUUGUACAACUCUCUCAUUGAAGUAGUUGCUAAUCUCUAGUUACUCCAGACAAUGCUGCGGUGAAUUACCUAGUUUGUAACUCACCUUUAAAAAAGUACAUUUUUAUUGGUCUCGGAGAGGAAGGGAGAGGGAGAGAGAGAAACGUCCACCCACGGCCUCCUGCAGGAUCGGCCCGCAGCUCCCCACCCCGCAUGUGCCCCGACCUGUGUGAUCAACCUGACCUCCCGGUCAGCGUUCACCCGCUGAACCCCGUGAACCCCUCCGCCAGGCCGUAGCUCACCUUUUGGGUAAAUUGGUGCCACUCCCGGGUCCAAAGCUGAGCGCAUUUUUAUCGUCCCCUGCGAGGUCGUGCAGGUGGCGCCCCACCUGCGUGUGCAGAGCCCCCCACGGUCACUGUGGACUCUGGAUCCUUGUGUGGGAACUGAGCUACCCGUGGAAAGCCCUUAAGGCCCAUGGUUGUUAGGAAACCAAUUUAACUGCCGGUAGCGGACGAGUCUUCAGUAAAUGGCGAUACAGUCACGGGAUGCCACCUUACACAGCUCCUACCAGCUGUGAGAAGUGAGAUGGGGUGAUACCGAGGCGUCUUCUUCACCCCAGAAACCUGUAAACCCUGGGUCUGCGAGGCACAGAGGCGCUGGGCGGACCUUGCUCCCUGCAGCUCGUGCGGCCCCAGGCUCUGCAGGCCGUUGAGAGGGUCAUAGCUGAAGAGUGACCUGAACUACCAGGGGUCGCUUAAGGACCCGGACUAUCAUUAAAGGACUCGCCGCCCCGUCCCAGAGCAGGAGGCACGGGCUGUGAGGAGCAGUGCCUUCGCACCGGCUUCCUGCUGUGGAAUUUCUGCCCUUUGAGUUUUGCAGGUGCAAGGCCGCCCACGUGUCUUUCUGCCGGUGUCGCCAGUGUCUUUGGAAAUGGAGGCGACAGGACGCAGGAGCUCUUCCUGCAGGACGUGGCCGAGCUGAUCCGAGCCAAGGCCUGCCAGAGGGUGGUGGUCAUGGUGGGGGCUGGCAUCAGCACGCCCAGCGGCAUCCCGGACUUCAGGUCUCCAGGGACCGGCUUCUACAGCAGCUUCCAGCACUGCGAUGUCCCGUACCCGGAGGCCAUUUUUGAACUCACCUUCUUCCUCCACAACCCCAGGCCCUUCUUCACGUGGGCCAAGAAGAUGUACCCGGGGAACUACAGGCCCAACGUGAUCCACUACUUCCUGCGGCUGCUCCAGGACAAGGGGCUGCUCCUGCGGCUCUACACUCAGAACAUCGACGGGCUGGAGCGAGCGGCCGGCAUCCCCGACUCCAGGCUGGUCGAAGCACACGGCUCCUUCGCCUCGGCCACCUGCACCGUCUGCGGCAGAGCCGCCCCGGUGGAGGGCUUCUGGGCCGAGGUGAUGGGGGACAGGGUCCCCCGCUGCGCAGUCUGCACCGGCGUCGUGAAGCCCGACAUCGUGUUCUUCGGGGAGGCGCUGCCCCAGAGGUUCCUGCUGCAUGUGGUGGAUUUCCCCUCCGCAGACCUGCUGCUCAUCCUGGGCACCUCCCUGCAGGUGGAGCCUUUUGCCAGCCUGUCGGAGGCCGUGCGCAGCUCGGUGCCCCGCGUAUUCAUGAACCAGGAGGCGGCGGGGUCCCUGGCCUGGCGCCCUCGCAGCAGGGACGUGCUGCAGCUGGGGGAGCUGGUGGACAGCGUGGACAAGCUGGUGGAGCUGCUGGGCUGGACGGAGGAGCUGAAGGACCUCGUCCAGCGGGAGACGGGGCAGGUACAGGCUCAGAGAGUGACACUGACCCUGGCUGUCACCCUGGACCAGCCUGACCUGGGCGGCUGCUCGCACGGAGUGUGGUUCCUGUGACCUCGGGGGAGGGGCUCGAGAAGCAGCGGCGGAGCCCGCUGGCCAGGGAGGCGGGACCCAGGGGCCUUUGUUCCCUGACAUAAAGCAGGACGGCAGCUCCAGGCCGGCAGCUCCAGGCCGAGGCGCGAGGCUGAGCUGACGG